AUGAAAUUAUUCGCUUCCAUCAAAAGGCUAGAUCGCGCGAAGUCUUUAAUUAAAAAAGGCGGGAGCAUUUUAUUCAAUCUAUCUAUCUAUCUAUCUAUCUAUCUAUCUAUCUAUCUGUUUCCGACACAACACUAUCUAUCUAUCUAUCUAUCUAUCUAUAUUUUACAUGUAUAUCUAUCUAUCUAUCUAUCUUUUAGCAUGUCUAUUUAUAUUUUAGCAUGUAAUUUUUCUAUCUAUCUAUAUUUAGCAUGUAAUCUAUCUAUCUAUAGUUUAGCUAAUCUAUCUAUCUAUCUUUUAGCAUCAUGUAAUCUAUCUAUCUAUAUUUUAGCAUGUAAGCUAUCUAUCUAUCUUUUAGCAUCAUGUAAUCUAUCUAUCUAUAUUUUAGCAUGUAAGCUAUCUAUCUAUCUUUUAGCAUCAUGUAAUCUAUCUAUCUAUCUAUCUAUAUUUUAUCUAUCUAUCUAUCUAUUAUAUUUUUCUAUCUAUCUAUCUAUCUAUAUUUUAGCAUGUAAUCUAUCUAUCUAUCUAUCUAUCUAUCUAUCUAUCUAUCUAUCUAUCUAUCUAUUUAUUACUGUGCAAAAGAAUAGGAUCUAUUUGUUUCACCCUGAUUAUUACAAAACUUUUAUUUCUUUCUUCUCUCUUUAUCAAUCAUUCGCAGGCGAAUCGAACUUGGCUAGCCAGACAAUAGCCAUGAAAUCCUUUCUUCGCACUACGACACGCGCAAUCUGUCGAUUAUCUGUUAACUUUGAAAACGAGGUUUUCCCGUCUCAACUGAUUCCGGUACGCGACAUCUAUCUAUCUAUCUAUCUAUCUAUCUAUCUAUCUAUCUAUCUAUCUAUCUAUCUAUCUAUCUAUCUAUCUAUCUAUGUCCUUUGA